AUGCUCCUCAACGACACGAAUUAUACCUCCUGGAAAGCUUAUAUCCAACAGCGGCUACAGGAUGAAGGACUUUUGGCUAUCACUUUGGGUGAUCAGCUUAUGCCGCAGCAAGAUGGGACGGAUGGGAAAGAAAUAGAAGAAUUCAAAAAGAAAUCCCGAUUGGCGUUUUAUCUGUUGAUCAAAGCGAUCGAUGAUUCCGCGAUGAGGAACUUGCGAUCCAUCAAAUUCAAGAACAACCCGGACGAAUUUGUCGAACAGAUCCGAGCGAGUUUUGCUAACAUGGAACAUGCUGGUCUCCAAUUUGAUGAAACUACUUGGAUGGUCUUGUUUUUAUCUCAGCUGCCUCGUAACCUAAGCGAUUCGAUAGUCAAUCGGAACGAUCAAGAUGUAUCCUCUACGCAUUCACAACAAUCGUCAAUCUCCUCUUGCGAUCAUUUGUUUGAAAAACUUAAAGCAUUAUCUAUCACACCAGCUAACACUUAUCAAAUCCCUAAACCCAACGAAAACCAGAAGCAUGGACCACCGCCCCCCUCAUAUCAGGUUUUAUCUUGUACCCAAUGUAACAAAAAGGGCCACGACCCGAACUCGAGCGACAACGAUGGUUGGCGAGCGACGGCGACCCCGAAACAAUCGACCAGCGACCAAUCCGGAUGGAAUGAGCCCGCCCAGAGUCCUGCUCCUCCUUCGGCCACCCAAGCCGGGUGGAAUGAUUCUACUCCAAGCCCUGCCGCUUUCGUCAACGAAUCCGGUUGGACCGAUAAUGUGCACGAUUUCAAGACUCUCUCCACUCCAUCUGGCUGGGACAAUCCUCAAGAGUAG